CAAUAGAUCAAAAUGAAAAGACAGAAGAAAAGUAUUUGGGCUAUACUAGGUGCUAAGUGCCUGGGUGGGUGCCUAAGAUCCGAAGAAUGCAAAGACCUUGAUACCGAAGUAGUCAACCCAGAAAAGGAAAUGGAUCCUUUAUUACAUCUCAGAGACUAUACAUCGGGUAAUGCAAACCUAAUACCAAUUCUGCCCCAAGAAAUUGAAUUCAGAAGGGUCGAAAAUUUUCACUGCCGCAGCUUGACUAUAGUCGACCAGAGUCCAAUCGCUGUGAGAAGCCUCGAUGAUAUGACAAAAGAACUCAGUACCGUAAAAGAGCCAACUGCAGUAAUAUUGCCACCGAAAUUGCCAUUUGAUUUAGUGGACGAACAUCCAUCAUUUGAAACAGAUGCAAGUGAAUCCGAUGAUGACGUAGAUGAAAGUUUGCAAAUUAAAAGACAAGAAGAACUACAUGAAACAUGUUAUAAACUGGCUGAUCAAAUAUACCAGAUGGAAAGGUCAAAAAUAGGUAUAAAGAAUGCUAUAGGGAAUUGUGAUACUAAAAUAACAACAAAAACGGUACAAAUAGACACUAAUAAGAGCAACUGUAAUAACGAUUCAAGCGAUAUGACGCCAGCAUAUCGUGAUUGUGUCAGUUAUUUACAAACGCCAUGGGAAGAACUCAAGAGUUGGGAGGAAUCGGUAGCUGAAUCUGUUGAACAAGAUAACAGAGAACAGAACGUCAAAAAUAAUAAAAGACCCCCGCUGUGGAUGUCUUUAGCAACAACUAAAGAAAAGAGAACACGGAAUAAUAGCAAGGAAACACACCAGGAAUGUGAUCGAAUAAGUACAGAUAGCUCACGCCAUGAUGAUGAAAACAAAUCAACAGAAACUAAGCUACAUAACAUAUCUGCAAUCAAAACACCGGCCUCAAUGGUGUUCUUCGAUCCUUUCGAGGAAGAGGAAGAAACGCAAUUCUGGCCCUUUAACGUCGGAGCGGGUGUGUGGAAAUAUAUAAUUGGUGGAUCCCAAAGCCAUAUCACACCCGAAUCAUUAGAUAUUAACGUUGAAGGGUGUAUUACGUCCUUCUACAGUAAAGAAGAACUACGCGAGAUGCGCCGUGGAACUGAAAACAUGACCAAAGCAGAAGGAUCAGCAAUUGUAGAAUAUACAUUAACUAUGAUCAAUAAAUAAU